GCCCGACCCGCCCCGACCCCGCCGCCGCCUCUCGCUCCGCGCUCCCUGCCGCGAGCCUUCGCCAUGGCUUUCGCCACCCGCCACUUCGUGCGCGCCGCCUCCUCCACCGCCGCCACGGCGGCCGCCAAGAAACUGAUCGUGAAGCAUGUGACGGUCGUCGGUGGCGGCCUCAUGGGCGCCGGCAUCGCCCAGGUUGCAGCAGCCAGUGGUCACACUGUGGUGUUAGUAGACCAGUCAGAUGAAAUCCUUAAAAAGUCUACAAAAGGAAUUGAAGAGAGUUUGAAGAGAGUGACAAAGAAGAAAUUUGCGGAUAAGCCUGAGGCUGGUGCUGAGUUCAUUGAGAAGACCUUAAAGAACCUCACAACAAACACAGAUGCAGUAGCAGUGGUCCACAGCACGGAUCUGGUAAUAGAAGCUAUUGUGGAGAACCAGGAAAUUAAAAAUGAACUCUUCAAGAGGCUGGAUAAGUUUGCUCCAGAGCAUACAAUAUUUGCAAGCAACACUUCAUCCUUGCAAAUCACACAGCUGGCUAACUCAACCACCCGGCAGGACCGAUUUGGUGGUCUCCAUUUCUUCAAUCCUGUGCCUAUGAUGAAGCUUGUGGAGGUCAUCAAGACUCCAAUGACCAGCCAAAAGACUUUUGAAUCGCUGAUGGAUUUCAGUAAAGCAGUAGGAAAGAGUCCUGUCAGUUGUAAGGAUACUCCAGGGUUUAUUGUAAACCGUCUCUUGGUGCCAUAUAUGAUGGAAGCUGUUCGACUUUUUGAGAGAGGAGAUGCAUCAAAGGAAGAUAUUGAUGUUGCUAUGAAGCUUGGGGCUGGCUAUCCCAUGGGUCCAUUUGAACUGCUGGACUAUGUUGGGUUGGAUACCAGUAAAUACAUUAUAGAUGGAUGGCAUUCAUUAGAGCCCAACAAUCCUCUUUUUGCACCCAGCCCACUCCUGAAUAAACUGGUAGAAGAAAAGAAGCUGGGUAAGAAGACUGGAGAAGGAUUUUACAAAUACAAAUGAACUCCAAACCUCGAGAGGCGUUAAACUAUCUGUGUACCCUGUUCACCAUUGCCAUAUUACAGGUGAAUUCUGAAUUCUGUUGAAACCUUCGCAAGGAUGGCACAAGCUGCAUUUAGAACAUAACCCACCUCUGAACUGAGUGAUUGCACUAGUUAACUGUUUCUCUGGUGAAAGCUUGAUUUGGUAGAUUAUUUUUUUCUUAUAAUUCUGAAAAGCCUUAUAUGUACAGUGCCUUCAUGCAAAUGUUGAUUUUUCAGGUGCAGGACAGAAUGACAAGUGAAUUUACGUAUUUGAAACAUUAUUAUAUUAACAGGAAAAAUCCUAAAAAUAACCACACUUUCUUAAAAAAUAAAAUUUUCAACAAUUCUUUAUUGAA